AUGUACGGACUGCUGUGUGAGAGUCUUCAUGACUUCAUCAAGGAGUCGUAUGGAGACGAUGUGUGGAAGCUGGUCAGAGAGAGAGCAGAUGUCAGGUUACACUCCUUUGUCACCCACCAGGUGUACAGUGAGAGUGUGAUUCCCCGUAUUGCAAAGGCAGCCAGUGGAGUGACAGGCACGCCCUACAAUGAGCUGAUGAACUCCUGGGGAGUUUACUUCCUAGGCUUUGUGGGGAAAUACGGCUAUGACAGGAUCCUCAAGGUGCUAGGCCGUCAUGUUCGUGACUUUGUCAAUGGGCUGGACAACCUUCAUGAAUACCUGCGCUUUAGCUACCCCAAAGUGCAGCCCCCAACCUUCUUCUGCCAGGAGGAGUCUGCCACUGGAGUUACCCUCCACUACAGGAGUAAACGCAAGGGCUACUUGCACUAUGCCAUGGGUCAGCUAAGGCAGAUGGGGAAGCAGUUCUAUGACACAGACAUCCAUGUGGAGGUGCUGUCUGAGCAGAUGGUGGGAGACUACUCUCAUGUCACCAUGAGGCUGAACUUUGACAACUCUGCUUACCGCUAUAUCAUGAAGGAGGAUGAGGAAGAGCAGGAGAUUCUGCCAAUUACCUCAGACUUCUUCUUUGAGGUUUUCCCAUUUAACAUCGUCUUCAGACAGGACAUGGUGGUGCACAAUGUAGGCUCGGGCCUGGCCACAGUCUUCCCUGAUCUGGAUGGGAAGAAGAUCAAUGAUGCUUUUUUGCUAGCUCGCCCCCUAGUGGAGUUCACCUGGAACAUGAUCAUCUCCCACCCCAACAACCUGUUUGAGAUCAUGUCCAAGGAGCCCGUGAAGAGAGAGAGGAAUCUCCACAACCGAGUCCAGAGUAAGAGUGGGAGCCAUGUAAACACUCACAGGGGUGUGUGUCUGGUGGGCAAGGACUCGCUGACUUGUGAUUCUGACUAUGAAAAUGCCAAUCGCUCUGCUGACGUAGAUGUGGAGCUCAUGGCUUUCCAGUCCAUCAUUGGAGAUGAUUACAAAGACGGCAACAGCGCUAAUGCAAUGGAGAGCUGGGGUGAUGGGAGCCGCUGCCUGAAACUAAAAGGACAAAUGAGAUACAUGCCAGAGUGGGAGUCCAUCAUCUUCCUGGGAACCCCUGUGAUGGAGAGUCUAAGUGCUAUGUUUAAGACUGGCCUGUACAUCAAUGACCUGAGCAUGCACGACUCCAGCAGAGACCUGGUGCUGGCGGGCACGCAGCAGUCAGAGGAGCUGAAGAGAGCUCUCAUACAGGAGCAAAAGAAGUCCAGUAAGCUGGAGGAGAGCAUGAAGAUGUUGGACUACGAAAUGAAGAAGACUGACGACCUUUUGUACAGGAUGAUUCCCAAGCCGGUGGCAAAAAGGCUGCGCAAAGGAGAGCCGGCUGUAAACACUUGUGAGGUGUUCCCAGAUGUUACUAUUCUUUUCAGUGAUGUGGUGGGGUUCACCCGCAUUUGCAGCCACAUUACCCCAAUGCAGGUGGUCUCAAUGCUCAACACCAUGUACACUCUAUUUGACACGCUCAGCGAGAAGCACAGAGUCUUCAAGGUUGAGACCAUUGGAGAUGCCUACAUGGUGGUAGCUGGGGCUCCAGAGAAGACCAAGUAUCAUGCCCAUAACAUCUGUGACAUGGCCUUGGACAUGGUGCGCUCCAUUGAUCACCUGAAAGACCCCUCAAACGGCAACAACAUACAAAUCCGUGUUGGCAUCCACUCCGGGAUGGUUGUUGCAGGUGUGGUAGGGCAUAAGAUGCCACGCUACGGUCUGCAUGGUGACACGGUCCACACUGCGUCUGCCAUGGAGAGCAACGGAAAAGAGAUGCACAUCCAGCUCAGCAGUGCCACCUACGAGCACCUGAAAGGAAGUCACUUCAUUUUUGAAAGGAGGGGCAUCAUUACUAUCAAGGUCAGGGGUCAAAACUGUCACCACAGCAACUAG